GUGCUGACAUCGUGCAGUGGCUUAUGAAGAACCUCAGCAUUGAGGAUCCAGCGGAAGCGAUCCACCUGGGGAGUCUCAUCGCCGCGCAGGGCUAUGUCUUUCCCAUCUCAGACCAUGUCCUGAGCCUGAAGGAUGAUGGCACCUUCUAUCGUUUUCAGGCACCAUACUUUUGGCCUUCAAACUGCUGGGAACCCGAAAACACAGAUUAUGCCAUCUACCUUUGCAAGAGGACCAUGCAGAACAAAGCCAGGCUGGAGCUGGCGGAUUAUGAAGCCGAAAACUUAGCAAGACUUCAGAGAGCAUUUGCAAGAAAGUGGGAAUUCAUCUUCAUGCAAGCUGAGGCCCAAGUGAAAAUCGACAGGAAAAAGGAUAAAACAGAAAGAAAGAUUUUGGACAGUCAGGAAAGAGCAUUCUGGGAUGUGCACAGGCCUGUGCCAGGCUGUGUGAACACCACAGAAAUGGACAUUAGAAAGUGUCGUCGUAUGAAAAACCCACAGAAAGUGAAAAAGUCAGUGUAUGGGGUUACAGAGGAGUCUCAGCCCCAGAGCCCUGUGCAUGUGCCCUCCCAGCCUGUACGCAAAACUACAAAGGAGGAUUUUCGGAAACAAAUAACUUUUCUGAACAUGCAGAUAGAGAGACAUUGUUUAAAGAUGUCCAAAGUAGCAGAAAGUUUAAUAGCCUACACAGAGCAGUAUGUGGAAUACGACCCCUUCAUAACUCCUGCUGAGCCUUCCAAUCCCUGGAUAAGUGAUGAUGCAGCUUUGUGGGACAUUGAAAUGAGCAAAGAACCCAGUCAGCAGCGUGUGAAGAGAUGGGGUUUCUCCAUGGAUGAGGUGCUGAAGGACCCCGUAGGACGAGACCAGUUCCUUCGUUUCCUGGAAUCUGAAUUCAGCUCAGAAAACCUCAGGUGA